GGGGUUUGAAGUACGUGUGAUAAGGCGUGAUCUUUGAUUUGCGAGUUGUGUCAUAUGACAGAUUGUAUAGUAUUUGUCAUAUAUUUUUAAAAUGCCAUCAAUUAACAGCCUUAUUCUGGCUCAUUAAAAAAUUAAACACUGAAGCAAGUAAUACCAAGUACAAGCUUGUUAUAUGGAAACGUCAACUGACGAGUAAUACGUGUCUAAGCCUCUGUAUUUCGCUUCGUCGCUUGGCAAUUGUUUGACCGUAUCAUCUGCUCCGCUGUAACUGACUAUAUUACAGCGGCUGAGAGAUGUCUUUUGCAGAAAAAAUUGGUGCCCUAAUGCAGAGACCAGGUCAAGAUCCUGUAGCUAAAGAUGACAUCCCGUGGUGGAUGAAAUAUGCAGGCCGUGGAUUAGGAACCGUGGGCAGUUUAGUUGCCAUUGGGCUGGGUGUCUGGAACUGUGUUGGCAUUGUAAUUGGCCAAGUUGACUGCCUUAUUGGUGGAAUGUGGCAAAUGUUAGCUGGUUUCCUGGUUAUUGUAGUUGAGGCUCCCUGUUGCUGCAUGUUUCUGGAUUUUGUUCAAAAUAUCAGUGACUGGGUAGAAAAGAGGCCAUAUUGGAAUAGAGGAGCAUUCUAUUGCAUCAUAGCAUUGCCUGCAAUCUUCUUGUGUCCUGGCUUGGGCAGCAUCUUUGGCAGUGGACUAAUAUUCACGACGGGUGUGAUAUAUGGCCUGAUGGCACUAGGGAGAAAGGCAACGGCAGAGGAGAUGCGUAGUAAUGCUGCCCAGCCAGACGGACUUCCAACGGGAACCCAUUCCAACCUUGUUGAUCAUGCUCAGCCAACAGCUGUCAGCGAUCCCCCGAAAUCCUCAUUAGUUGGCGUAGUAUGACAUAUUGGUUCACUAUUACCAAUUCUUUUGCUGUGGAAACUACCUGUGUAAACUGAAAACAUUGGUGACUGUCAUUUAUGUGAUUGUGCUGACUUAGUCAAUUUACAGUGUUACGCCAUUUUGGUCCCCUCAAUGUACCAAAAAUCAUUUUAGUCAUUUAUGUGCUUUUGCAUUUAUUAGAAUAUUGUUUAUAGCUAAAACUCGGUAGAUCAGUGAUAAAGAAAGACUAUGUUGCAUUUGUUAAGAUUUAGGCAAAAUCUGGACUAAGAAAUCUUGAUCACAUUGUGUUUUGUUUGUGCUCUUCUUGUAUACAUUGUCACUGUGAUAAUUUUUGGACUUGUGUAUGUGUAUUGUUGAAUAUUAUAGAAUUAUUACAUUUAGAAAUGUUGUAAUAUUUCAGUGUGGUAGGGUUUUGAGUGUGAUCAACAAGUGACCAGCGUAGUAAAUAAACAAAUGUUCUUAAGUUAUACUCUUUUUAAUCUUAGACUGAGAAUUGUCGCUGCACUUCAUGCAGUGUUAUCCACCAGAUAAACCGAAAUUAGGGUAAGUAUUUAUUUGCAAUGGGAAUGCUCAUGUCCUCAUUUUUUUUUAAAAAAAAAAAGGGUAAAAUAAAAUAAAAAGGGCAAGAUUUCAUUCCAAUAGGACUUCCUUUAACUGUUAUUAUAUGAUUAAGUGC